AUGGUUUUAGAGCUUUAUCCGACGGAUGCGGCACGUUGGUAUUUUGAUGAAAUUACUGCGCGUGUAGUGGCAAAGUCUGGUAACGCGGCUGACCGAUUCCAUCUCGGAAAAAUAGUUCUGCAGUCGCUAAAAGAUGCACCAGACUUCGUUUUGCAGAUCGAUGGAUCAACUGGAGAAAGUGAAACCUGCGGAUCUGUUCUGAACCGAUCAGUCUGUUGUGCUCUUUCCCUAAGGAAGUUGGGAAUAGACCAUGGCGUUAACAUUGUAAUCAUGGCUCCAAAUCAUUUGGACCUAACUAUACCGUUCUACGCAGCGAUGUAUCUAGGUUUAGGCCUUGGCUGUGUUGAUAUGACUUUGAGUAUCAAUGAACUUCGUGAUCAUUUUGAAAGCGAGUUGCCGAAAGCCGUAUUCUGUCAAAGUGAUAAAGCAGCAGACGUAGAAGCUGCGAUAAAAAAUGCUAAUUUGGAUUGUCAUAUCAUAACCUUUGACGAUGGUUGUCAAUACAAAAGCCUAUCUCAACUACUAGAAGGAGUUGACGAGAACACUAUCAGAAACUUUGAGCCAAGUACUUUCAACACGGAAGAGACUGUGGCUUUUCUCGUGGCUACCAGUGGCACAACAGGUUUGUCCAAAGCUGCCGAGAUUACUCAUAAGAACAUCGCCCUGGUUUCUCCACAUUUUUGGCUCACUUUUAGAAACUUCCCAACGCCAACUCGCCUUUGGUUCCUACCAUCACCUAUACAAUGGUUAUCAGCAGUACUCGUUUACCUUCAAUCGCCUAUUAUGAGAAUCACCAGGCUGCAAUCCCCGUUGCCAAUGACAGUGGAACACACAUACAAUCUUAUUAAUAAAUACAAGCCUACGGUGACUAUAAUGAAUCCGAAUAUGCUUAUAUCUUUGUUAAAACCAAAUACUCGCCACCUAUGUGACUUCUCUAGCUUUGAAGUCAUAUUUGCAGGAGGUAGUGCAGUACCACCAUCCCUAGUUGAUACAAUAAAGACCGUCAUACCAAAAACUCGUUUGUAUAUUGCCUACGGAAUGAGUGAAGUAUCGGGCUUGUGUCUCAUAAACACGUAUAUGGUGCCAAACUCAUGUGGUCAGAUCGUAGGAUGUACCUUGAUACGGUUAGUCGAUCCACACACAGGAAAAGAUGUGUUAGAGAUGGUCAAUGCUCCUGGUGAGGUAUGGUUACAAGGACCUUCGGUAUUUAAAGGAUACAGCAAUAACCCUACACUGACAAAAGAGUCGUUUUCUGAAGACGGGUGGCUCAAGUCCGGUGACAUAUUUUACAGAGAUGCAAAUUGGAACUUCUUCUUCGUUGAUCGGAUUAAAAUGCUAUUGAAAUAUAGGAAUCAUCAGAUAUCCCCUGUGGAAAUAGAAGAGGUAAUUCGCCGACACCCGGGCGUAUAUGAAGUUGGCGUGACGGGCGUACCACACCCGGACGACGGAGAGUUACCCGUCGCUUGUAUAGUGAAACAAACUGAUUGCGACGUGAAAGCAAAAGAAAUUGAAGAUCUCGUUUCAGGGUCCUUGACAGAUUCCAAGCGACUGCGUGGUGGUGUAAUUUUUAUGAACGAACUUCCAUACACAGCAACAUCCAAAAUUAAUAGAACCAAAUUGAAGAAAAUUGCAUGCCAAGUGCUUUCAACACGGAAGAGACAGUGGCUUUUCUCGUGGCGACCAGUGGCACCACAGUUAGUCGAUCCACAAACAGGAAAAGAUGUGCUAGAGAUUGCCAAUGCGCCUGGUGAGGUGUGGUUAAAAGGACCUUCGGUAUUUAAAGGAUACAGCAAUAACCCUGAACUGACAAAAGAGUCGUUUUCUGAAGACGGCUGGCUUAAGUCCGGUGACAUAUUUUACAGAGAUGCAAAUUGGAACUUCUUCUUCGUUGAUCGGAUGAAAAUGCUACUGAAAUAUAGGAAUCAUCAGAUAUCUCCUUUGGAAAUAGAAGAGGUAAUUCGCCGGCACCCGGGCGUUUUUGAAGUUGGCGUUACGGGCGUACCACACCCGGAUGACGGAGAGUUACCCAUCGCUUGUAUAGUGAAACAAACGGAUUGCGAAGUGACAGCAAAAGAAAUUCAAGAUCUCGUUUCAGGGUCCUUGACAGAUUCCAAGCAGCUUCGCGGUGGUGUGAUUUUUAUGAACGAACUUCCGUACACAGCUACAUCCAAAAUUAACAGAGCCAAAUUGAAGAAAAUUGCUUGUGAACAUGUUAAACAGCAAGCCCGA